AUGAAUACAUCUCGUAACAGCCCGGAAAGCCCUAUGCAGCGGAAUACAGCUGAGCUCGAAUCAUAUGGAUGCAAUGCGUCCUGUCAAGCAAUCCUAUCUGUAUCUAAUCCUGCCGACCUCGAAACAGUCGGUACAGAAUUCGACUUUGAUUUCUACAGCACACCAAACAAUUUCUCUUACUCUGCUCCAGGCGAUCUUUUAAAACUGCAGCCAGUCGAUAGCUCUGACCUUAACAUACCUGCUGGCAUUGCGACUUUUCGAUUCCAGUAUACUUCUAUCGACUUAGAUGGUACUAACGUACCAUCGAGCGGUUUUAUAGCAUUUCCUUUUGCGUCACCAGCCAAUGGAAGCCAGUUUCGCCUUAUCACCUACGCCCGCGGUACGAUUGGUGUUCAUCGAGGAUGUGCGCCCUCAUCUUCGCCAAGUCUUUUCAAUUACAAUAGCUGGGCUCAAUUGAUGUACAGUGGCUAUGCUGUUGUAGCCACCGAUUACGCUGGUCUCGGAAACAACUAUACCUUACACAAAUACUCUGCUUUCACCGCUCAUGCCAAUGAUAUCUACUAUUCCGUUCAGGCAGCUCGGAAAGCGUUUCCUGGUAUGUUCACGAAAGAGUGGGCGAGUAUAGGACAUUCUCGAGGUGGGGGCGCCGUGUGGAAGCUAUCGGAACAUCCUCUUGUACAAAAACAUAGCUCUGGAUAUCUUGGAGCAGUUGCCGCAUCUCCCGCAUCUAAGCUUUAUGACAUGUCAGUCGAGACCUUCGAACGCAUGACCCCUCGUCCCGAUUUUCAUCAAUUUGCCGCCACUGCCGAACUUGGCUAG